AUGGAAAUUACAUCUAGUAAAAAGGAAAAUGAAAAACACGAAAACAGAAACAUAAAUAACUUCAAUAAUUUAAGUUUAAAUGAAGAGCCAAAAUCAGAGGUUGGUGUAAUAAAGAAUGGUAAUAUAAAUUGUAAUAGUGAAGAUACAUAUUCUUUCAUAAAUGAUGAUAUAAAAUUUUAUGAUGCAAAAGGUAUGGAUGAAAUAAAAUGUCAAUCAGAUCAGAUUUUUAAUGAUAAUGAAGAUUUAUUGGAGGGAGAGCAAAACUUUUCGUUAAAUAAUGAAACUUACAAUUCAAACAUAGAUGACUAUCUUGAAUUUUUUUUUAGAGAAAAACCAAAUGAAGUAACAUCAAACAGUAAUCACACUUACGAAAAAAACUUUAAAAAUAAUGAUUUUUUAAGAGAUAAAGAUUAUUCAUCAAGCAAGAAUAAAUACGGCAAAUUUUGCAUGGAUAAUGAUUAUACACCAUCAUUAAAAAAUGAAGUAAAUGAAAUUACAAAAUUUGAUGAAUAUAAAAAUGAAGACUCAGAAAAUUCUUUUUUUAAUGUUAAUAACAAUAAAUUUUAUGAACACACUUCCUUUCUAAGAAAUAAAAAGAAUGUAUUAAAUACAAAUGAAAACUUAAAUGGACAAAGUAUCAAACUUCAGGAUAAUUUUUUAUCUACUAAAAAUACACCAAAUAAUGGUGUGGUAAAUUUCAUAUCGGAAGAGAAAAAAAAAUUUUUAUAUGAUGGAAAAAAUGACUCAAUUAACAUUGAUGAUUUAAAGCAAAAAAAAAAAGUGGAAGAGGAAGAAGAAAAAAAUAAAAAGCAAGACAAAGAAAAUGUGAAUGAAAUUGAAAAAGAGAAAUUACUGAAAGAUGAAUCAUUAAUAAAUGAUUUAAAAAAUUCUAAUAAAGGAACCAACAUAAAUAUUAAUAAUGAAGAAAUAAUCAUUGAAAAAUCAAAUUUACAUGAAAAAAGUAAUAUGAAAGAACAAAAUAAAGAUAUAGAAAAUGAAAAAUCUAAUAAAAUUGAUAUUCUAAAUUAUCCCGAAAAUGAUUUUCAAGGUAAUAUAAAUAAUUCAAAUUUUUUAUUGAAGAAAAAAAGGGUUAAUGAAGAUCAAACAAAUCCAUUAUGGUAUAAGCAUAAAAGGCAUUUUUUUAUUUUUACAUAUUCAGGAAAGCCAGUUUUUACGAGAUAUGGAAAUGAAGAAAAUUUAACAAGUUUUUAUGGAACAUUACUUGCUAUUAUAUCUAAAAUUGAAUCUUUUUCUUUCUCACAUAUAAACAGAGAUAAUAAAGUAAAUAAAAAAAUCAAUGAACAUAAUACAAAAAAUACAUUAAAAUACAUUAUAAGUAAAAAUACUAAAGUAGUUUAUUUAGAUAAGGGGGUUUUAUAUUUAGUAUGCAUUUCUAAAGUUAAUGAAAGUAAUAAUUAUAUCUUGAAUAUUUUAAAUUAUAUCUAUUUUCAAAUUAUAUCAUUAUUAACAAAGAGCAUUGACAAAUCUUUUCAAAUAAAACCAUCUUUUGACAUAAGGUAUUUGUUGGAUGGCGCUGAUUUACUUAUAAGUAAUUUAAUAUCAUCAUGUUCUAAAAAUAUGUAUUCAAUUUUUGACGGAUUUGAGCCUUUACCUUUAAAACAGGAAUAUCGUAAUAAAAUACAUAAUUGGAUUUCAAGCUUCAAAAUUAAUAAUGUUUUAUUAUCAUUCUUAAUUAUAAAUGAUAAAAUUAUAGGUUUAUCAAUAUCUAAAUAUACCAUUUAUUCAAUGGAUAUAAUUAUUCUUAUAAAUAUGAUAACAUCAAUGAAAUCUUUUAAAAAUGCAGAAUCAUGGACACCUAUUUGCUUACCCAUUUACAAUCCAAACUUAUUUUUAUAUGCUUAUAUUAAUUAUAUAAAAAAAAAGAUCUGCUGUGUUUACAUAUGCUCUUAUGCAUCAUCUCGAGAUUUUUUUUAUCUUUCUAGACAUACUUCUAUGAUUGAAUCGAUGUUGAUCAGUACAGGAUGUUAUGAUGAAAUCAUAAAAGCUUCAAAUAAUUCUCCAUUUAUACUUCCAGAAAUUCGUGGUAUAGACAUUAUUCAUUUAUGUUAUUAUAUUCCAUAUUUAAAACAAUAUUAUAGUUCUAAAAUUAACUAUGAUAAAAUAAAAAGAAUUUUUAGAGUAUACCAAAAAUGUGAUGACAUAUUAAGAGAUUCUAAAUUACCGGCACAAAUAUACAUAGAAAGUGAAUAUGAAAAAUUUUACUGUAUUAAAACAAAUUUAUACCAUUUAUAUUUGUCGGUCCCAUUUCAUGUUAAAGUUAAUGAUGAAAGUAUUAAUGAAAUUUUGAGAGUUAUAGCAACUUAUCACAAAGAAAUAUUUAUUAAUAAUAUUAAACAAAUAACAUUUUAG